AUGGAAAAGAUUAUGGAGGAGGUUGACUCUUGGUUUAUGGCUCAAAUGAUGUCAAAUGAAGACAACCAGAGAGAGGAGGUCAGAACCAGAGGGAGGAAGAAAGAUUGGAAGCUCCCUCCUUAUCCUUGGUUAAAGUGUAACUCAGCGGUAAAGUGGGACAGUACAACGAAGACAGCCGGUGGGGCUUGGGUUCUGAGGGAUUACGAGGGCGUGGUUUUACUGCAUAGCAGAAGGUCUUUUGGUGCUAUAUGCAGCCUCGAAGAUGCUAGGUUGGUGUGUCUGUCAUGGACACUGGAGAGCUUGGUGGCUCACAAGGUAAACAGAGUUUUUUUGGCAGCGGAAUCAGCCGAGUUGCUGAAGAUGUUGAUUAGACCGAAGGCUUGGCCUUCCUUUAAAGCUCAUUUCUUGGAGCUUAGACAGUUUUUGGUUAGGAUAGUAGAGUGGAGAAUAGAGAUUGUUUCAAGAUCGGAAAACAGAGGCGCCUUUCUCAUUGCUCAAAGUGCGCUAAAGGAGAGUUUUUGUCAAUCCUAUGUUGCUUGUAGUCAUCCUGAUUGGCUACAUGAUCUGUUUGUCAGUGAGAAACGCUUGGCCUCUGCUUAG